CCCACUUUUUACCUAUAAAUUUAUUCUUAUUUAUUUCCUUUCCCAGAUUUUAUGACAUUUGAAGAAAGCAAUGUUAGGGAGACUAUUCCUGCAGAAAUUUUACCCUUCCUCAAACAAAGACCAGAGUUAACAAUUUUUGAAACCAAACAGCAACCACCACCUACUUCUAAAAUGAUGAAUUUGUACCACUGUGACGUGUGUCCAUUUGAGACGCAUUCGGCUGGAGCUUUCCAGUCACACAUGGAAGGCCACAAACCUUACAAAACACAUGACUGCCAGACAUGUGGCAAAGGAUUUAAAACUGCAGGAAGACUUCAUGCUCACAUGCAGACUCAUGAGCCUGGACAACCUUUUGUAUGUGUGUAUUGUGAGAAAAAAUUCAAGCAUAAUUCUUCAUUGAGGACUCAUAUGAAAAUACAUUUGGGUAUUGACAUUCAUUGCCCCAUGUGUGAUAAAACUUUUAAUAAUAAUGCUGCUAUGAAGAAACAUUUAGCAGUUCAGCACCAAAUGGAUGAUUUUCAGAAAUAAAUGGUUCUUGGUGUAUCCAACAUUGAAUCAUUGGAUGUAAAUUUCACAUCUGUUUCACCUCUCUUUCAG